AUGGCGGCCUCGCUCCUACACGCCGCCGCCUCCUCCUCCCCGCUCGCGGGCCCCAGCCCGCCCGCCCGCGCGGCCUUCCGCCCCCUCGCCUCCUCCCCAUUCCUGCGCCUCGCGCGCUCCUCCCCCGACCUCCGCCGCUGCCGCCGCGUCGACGCCCCGCUCCGGGCGCUCACGGCCGGAGGGCCCGCCCCUCGUGCCCGCCGCUUCGUCGGCGCCUUGGCGGCGGAGGAACCUACGAGUUCCGAGCCGGGCGAUGACGCCGAGAAGGAGAACAUCGAGAUAGAGCCCGAGGAGGCGCAGGAGGUGUGGAGGGAGAUGCUCAAGCAGUUCAAGGGCGAGGCCAUCCGGAUGCAGGCCCUAACAACCGAGGCGUACGCUGUCUACUCCAAGAGGGCGAGGGAGGUGCUGCUGGAGGCCUCCGAGAAGCUCAAGAUCCAGGCGGACAAAGCGCAGAAGGACCUGAGCGUGAUCGCCGCGGAGGUCGGCGAGGAGGGCCAGGAGUACCUGAAGCUGGCUGCGCAGAACUCCCCGGACUCGGUCAAGGAUGUAACGGAGACCAUCAACGCGCUUGGCAAGCUGAAUGGGCCGUCGGAGUAUGCGGAUUAUCAUGUCGGCAUCCCGUUCGGUACCUAUCUUACGGUGGGAGGUUUCCUCAACUUUAUGCUAACUGGAAGUGUGUCUGCACUUCGCUUUGGUUUUGUUCUUGGGUUUGCGCUGCUGGCUCUGGGCAUCUCAAGCUUGAGAACGCAAAGAGCAGGUGGUCGUCAGCCUCGUCUUCUGCUGAAAGGGCAAGCUGCUAUUGCAAGCGUUAUCUUCUUCAGGGAAUUAUCAAUUUUCUUCCAGCGCGGGUGGUUUCCAAAUAUCUUCGUGGUCCUUCUGAGUGGAUUGGUAGCAGCCUUUUACAUUCAUCGCAUUGUGACCGGUGGCCACAAAGGUCCAAGCACCGAGAGUGGUUCAGAGAAUUAAUGGUUAUGCAACAUACUGGACGAAUCACAUGAUUGCUGAAACUUGAGUUCUGAAGAUUGAUUGCCACCCUUUGGCUCUCAUGGUUUCCCUGUUCCUUUAGCCUUCAACUCAGUCACACUUCACUUUGUCAACAGCGUCUGAAAUCUGAAGUGGCUCCUUAUAGUACACUUGGGACUCAAAAUACUUGCUCGCGUGCUCUCUGCCCUCAUGGUUGCACCCCUUUAUUCUUUUCUUCAUGUAAUAUAGAUGCUGCCCUGGAACAACAAUAAGAAAUGGCCCUUUGAAGGUCGUAGCAUGUACCUAGCUGUUCAUUACUUAUGUUUUUAUUGCAUACAACGUAGUUGUAACACAUUUGACAUCUAGUGAAAUUAGAUAAAACUGUUCAACA